CUGAUUGGUUCAGGUUCAGGGGCGCCUAAACCCAUUGGUAGAAGAAGACGACGACGAAAGAAGACGGAACCCUUGCAUCGCAGUAUCCCGCCUCGCCUGCUUGGUCCAUAGAAAAUAUCUGUCGAACCAUGUCACUACGUGGAGACGUCCACAGCCCGCGUCCACGAACAAUCACAGUUCCAGGCGUUCCGUUCCAACAACGCGGCAUCGACGCACAGCGCACAAGAGGACCCACCAUCAGACAUCCUGCUGUAACAACGGACAACCUGCAUUACGAGCAGGCUGCGGCGUUCCCCGGUCACGGCAUCAGGUCAGGUCCUCCACAAGUUCUGGCGCCGACGUCGAAUCCUGGAGCACCGGAGGGGACGUCGUCGCUGCUGUCAGAACAUAGAGUGCUUGACCAGAACGAUCUGUCGUCCACUGUCAUUCUAGGCAUGAAUCCAAUGUAUGUCUUACCUCUGGAGAUCUGCAACUGUCUCUUCAUGGGUGUGUCUGCCGUAAUAUUCUGCCUCGCUUUCUACGUUCUUUUGGCGAAGGAAUCCACCGAAACGUCAUCACGUACCUACGUCAUCAUGGUACUCAUGCAUCUGGACAUCGUGGUGCUCAUCUUAUCAGCGAUCGUCUUCGCCAUCGCCGCCACCGGCCUCAUAGGUUGUGUGAGACAGCACGUCACGUUACUCAACGUCUACAGCGUCCUGCUGCUAGUGGCAAUUGUUGUCCUCUGCCUCCUUACUGUGGCUGUAGCGACCUUGCCCAAUGUUGCCAGGAGCUAUUUCAAGAAACACGUGACUGAAGACUACAUCGUCAACUACAGGGAGAGUGCUGACUUUAAAAAGGGUGUGGACGAACUACAGAUGGGAUUCAAAUGCUGCGGCCUGACAGAAAAGUCGUACCAGGACUGGAACGACAAUCCCUACUUCCACUGCAGCGAAAACAACCCUAGCGUCGACCGAUGCAGCGUCCCGGAUUCUUGUUGCAGACGGGAAAAUCGCACAGUUAAAAGGCUGUGCGGUCGCUCUGUCCUGUUGCUAAUGAGGAAGGACGCCAUUGAAGUCGUCUACGACGUCGGCUGUGCAGACGCCGUGUACGACUACGUGUCUGGCAACAUGUUCACCAUCGUCUGCGUUUUGAUAAUCUUCAAUUUGAUGCUCAUACUCAUGUACAACAUGAGUUCAAAACUGAGUUCCGACAUCAGAGAACUGUCCCAUAUUUACGACCACUACUACGCUGCUCUCUAUGAGGGUCAGAAGCACAUGGCCAGACACCAUCCCAGCCUGUUCGAGGUGAAAGAGGGCGGGAGAAAAGAACUUCAUGGGCCUGGUCGUUAUUACAACGAUCCAAUCCGACCAGGUGGACACAUAACACUCCUUCCAGCGCAGCAUCAAGUCGCCGUCAGGCCAUCGUCAGUUCCAGGCUCCGGGCCUGCAGCACAAGUUGCCAUCCAUAGGAGACAACCAUAACCUAUCUCCAAGUCGCGUCCCUUCCUAUAAUAUCCGUCGAUUUCUACAAAUGAAUCCCUCGAAUUUUGUA